AUGAACAAACCCCCAGCGACCCCUCUCGCGAAUUCUACUAUGUUCAACGGAAGUAACACCGCCACCUUCAUAGAGAGAACUGACGUGGCGAAACUUGCACCGUUGACAGUACCCAAAUUCGAUGGGAACCACAAGAACUGGGUCCCCUGGAAGGCCAACUUUCAAGCGCUUAUACACGAUCGUCCAGGAAUGGCGGGAAGUGUCAAAUUGUCCCAACUUCAAAAUGCAGUUCAGGGUUUAGCAGCGACCGUAAUAAAAGAAUUCUGUCUUGACCCCAGCGACGUCAGCUACGGCUUAGCUUGGGAAGCGUUAUGCAACGCUUACGAUCAACGACGUGUUCUGGUCAACGAGCACUUCGACGCUCUGCUAAAGUUAGCUCCCGUUCAAAAUCCAACCGCCGAAACCACAGCCACCCUCAUGUACACCGUCCGUCAGCACGUCAGCAUGCUCAAAACAAUGAACAUUGCGAUCUGCGACGAGAUUGUCUUGCGAAUUCUCGAGAAAUGCCUGCCCGGGUAUCUCCAGUCGCGAUGGAUGGAUAAACACUCAAAUCGCGAAAUCCCCAAAUUGGAAGAGCUAUACAUCUUCGUUCAAGAUUCAAUAUUUAAGCAACGAGCGAUAGAUGAACUUCCGAAACGAGAUUACCAGUCCAAAAGAAAGGGAGCAGGCAGCAAGGCAGAACCCCCGGCAAAGGUCUCCAAAAACAUUGCCAACACACUCGUCACUACCUCGACGACCAGCAGCAACGCGUGCGUCCAAUGCGGUCAAUCCCACAGGCUCUACAAAUGCGAAAAGUUCAAUCAAGCGAAAUUGAACGAAAGGUGGGAACUCGUGCCUAAUGAGACUUUCCCUCGGGAGAAAUUCAACAUCCCCAAGAACAUCAAAUUAGCAGAUCCUCAAUUUCAUAUACCCAGACCGGUCGAUGUCUUGCUAGCGUCAGGUCCAACUCUAUCUUCUCUUGCCAUAGGGCAAAUCAGGCUAAAUGACGAAAGAUCCCAAAUCACUCUUCAAAAAACUUCUUUCGGCUGGAUAGCAGCCGGAGGAUCUAUCUUAUCAACGAUUCCCAACUCAGUUUCGUGCAAUGCGGUGAGGUUAGAUUCACUCCUAGAAAGAUUCAUGGCGAUGGAAGACAUGGAUUAUCAACCCAUCAAGUCAGAAGAGGACGUAGCAUGCGAAAGGUACUACGUUCAAACCACGACACGUGACGCUUCAGGUCGUUAUAUCGUUCGUCUACCGUUUCGAUCAGGCAAAUUCGAACUAGGUUUGUCAAAACAUCAAGCGUUACAGCGUUUUCAGGCGUUGCAGCGCAAAUUUGAUGCUAACUCUAGUUUCCGAGCAGAGUACGAGAAGGAAUUCAACGGGUACCUGGAACUUGGCCACAUGACGCUGUGCGAAGACGACAACAACGAUGGUUACUACUUGCCUCACCACGCGGUGAUCAAGGAGUCCAGCGAAACGACGAAGUGUCGUGUUGUUUUCGAUGCUUCUGCAAAAUCCUCCACGGGCAUUUCAUUAAACGAUAUGCUGUUGACUGGGCCGACCAUUCAGGAAACUUUGUGGGAGCAGGUUUUGCGAUUCCGUUCUCAUCCCUUCGUCAUCACUGCCGACAUCGAAAAGAUGUACCGACAAAUCUGGAUUCAUCCCGACGAUAGGAAGUUCCAGAAGAUCUUGUGGUACCACGAAGGUGAAGUUCGAACUUUCGUUCUCAACGUUGUAACUUUCGGGGUCAAGUGCGCUCCUUUUCUCGCAAUUCGAACAUUGCAUCAGUUAGCCGUUAAUGAAGAGAGCAGAUUCCCAAGGGUGGCAAUGCUACUUCGUCGAGACUUCUACGUUGACGAUUUCCUUUCAGGUGCAGACACGCUGGAGGACAUCAUGAAGAUUCGCGACGAAAUGAUCAAACUUUUAAGUCGUGGGGGGUUCGUGAUACGAAAAUGGUCGUCGAACCAUCCGUCGGCUUUAGACAACAUUGAUAAAAACAUCUUCGAUUUAGAUUGCGGCAUACAAGGGAACCCUAUAAAAAAGACUCUCGGAAUCAUCUGGGACUCACAACGGGAUGUCUUUACGUAUUCCGCAAACCCUGAUGCGUUAGCUUCUACCAAAAGAAAACUCCUUUCCCAAAUUGCAAGGAUCUUCGAUCGUCUAGGCUUAUUAGGUCCUUUAACCUUGUAUGCCAAAACAUUAAUUCAGGACUGUUGGAAAGCUAACAUUACCUGGGACGAAUCCCUACCUCAAGACAUCCAUACCAAGUGGAUAGCUUUAGCUGAACAACUUCCUUUAGUGCGAGAACUUGCGUUACCAAGGUAUCUGCGAUAUGACGUCACAAACCCAAUAUCCACCGAGAUACACGGCUUUUGCGACGCGUCGAUAAAGGGAUACGGCGCGUGCAUCUACAUUCGUUCCGUUGAUUCCGUGGGAAAUGUUACUGUUAGGUUAGCUUGCAGCAAAGCUCCUCAUCUACUUAGAACUUACGAAGCGAACAGAGUCGCUGAUAUUCAAGCGUUAGGUGAGAAGGUCGAGUGGAAGCAUGUUCGUUCGAAGGACAAUCCUGCCGAUUCUCUAUCCCGAGGACAGCUACCCAGGGAACUUCUAACUGAUCCCCUCUGGCUUUCGGGCCCUCCAUGGUUAGUCCUUCCGGAAGAUCAAUGGCCUUCAUCGGAAGAACCCUCGUUAGUUGAUCCUCUAGGCGCGAAAGAAGGAAUCGUUUUAUUUACAACCUCUUCCGGAAGUAACAUCUACUCUUGUUUCUCUGAUUACGGGUGUCUUAUUAGGUCCAUCGGAUAUCUUCUCCGUUGGAGUAGAAGAAAAUCACUACCAGACGAUACUCAAAUUGCGAGUAAAUCGCAACGAGGGAUUCGUUAUCUUUCCCAAGCCGAAAUAGUUUACGCUGAACUCCAGAUCCUCCUUCUUAUUCAAAGAGAAUGUUUUAGUUCCGAGAUUAGAUUGCUCAAAUCGACUACGAAAUUAAUAUCGAAAUGCCCCAACGGCGCUUUCAGGAGUCGAACGAAGUUCGAUGAACUCAAUUCCUUCUUAGAUGAGUAUGGACUGAUCAGAGUAGGCGGUAGGUUGAAGAAUUUAAAUCUUCAAUUCAACCAAAAAUACCCUAUUUUGCUACCCAGUAACCAUCACGUGUCAGAUCUCAUCAUCCGCGACGCUCAUCAUCGAAAUCUUCACGGAGGGGUUCAAUCCACUCUUUAUAGGAUACGCGAAAGAUUUUGGAUUCUCAACGGUCGAAACCAGAUUCGAUAUGUCUUGCGCCACUGCGUACCCUGUCUUCGGCAAAAGCCAAAAUUCUCACAUGCCAAGAUGGCAGACCUUCCAGAAUCUCGAGUAAACCCUGCGUUCCCUUUCGCGAAGACCGGCGUCGAUUUUUUUGGUCCGAUUAUGAUCAAGGAAAAGAAGGAUCGAAAUCGAAGCUUCCUUAAGGCGUAUGGGUCCGUUUUCGUUUGUAUGGCCACUAAGGCUGUCCACAUCGAGGUAGCAUCCGAUCUCUCAGCCGAGGGCUUCCUCGCGUGUUUUCGUCGGUUCGUUGCCACGCACGGCAAACCGACCACCAUGUACUCUGACAAUGGUACUAACUUUGUGGGCGCGAACAGCGAACUGCAAAGGAUUUACCAAUUGCAUGAUUCGCCUGAAUUUAAGGACGCGAUUCAAACCUUUGCUGCAGCCGAACGGAUUGAAUGGAACUUUAAUCCCCCUCUCUCACCGCACUUCGGCGGUUUGUGGGAGGCGGCGGUUAAGAGUUUCAAACACCAUCUAAAUCGUGUCAUUAAGGAUCAAAAGCUCACAUACGAACAAUUGGAAACAUUAUUAAAGGAAAUCGCCGUCGUGUUAAAUUCUCGACCAUUAUACGCGAUUUCUGCCGACCCAAACGAUUCCCUUGCGAUAACUCCAGCUCAUUUUUUAAUCGGGCGUUCUUUCAAUUUCUUACUCGACCAAAAUUAUGUUUCAGUUCCGGACAAUCGUCUCACCUCCUAUCAGCUCGUCUCUAAAGCUAGACAAGCCUUCUGGAGCAAAUGGCACAAAGAGUACUUGCAUGAACUGCAAACUCGUCAGAAGUGGUUGACUUCUGGAACUGCAUUAUCAAUUGGAUCUGUGGUUGUGUCCAUGGAGGACAACCCUGCUUGCGCAAGAUGGCCGCUGGGAGUCGUCGUGGAGAUCCACCCUGGGAGCGAUGGCAUUGCUCGAGUAGCAUCGGUGAAGAUGGCUUCUGGAAUCUACAAACGAAACAUUACUCGGCUCUGUGUGCUCCCUGUAGAUCAGGAAAACGCGGACCCGUUGGAGUCUCAAGUCACCCUCCCGAACUCGUGA